UGCUCUGUCCCUUUUCUCCUCCCCUUACUCGCUGUGUUUGCAAUCUGUAUUUGACUGAGAGCAGAAGUUCAUCAAUCUGCUUCAAACGUCUCGAGCGUACAAACUGAACGGAAGGUACAUCGAGCGCGAGCCGAGACCAUAUGACUGAGAUCUGACACGGCGAAAUAAACAUGAGGUGCAAAUAUACUUCGAUCGUGUCUACGAAAAUGAACGGCAGAUAAAGCAUCAGUUCAAGCUGCAUCCUGAUGCCAGUUCAGCACCUGGAGGAAAAGAUGUCACCUGAAGAUCUCAAGAAUUAGCGGGGAACUUUUCAGACCUUCUUAAAACUCUUGUAGCUGACUGCAGAACUGGUUUAGACGGUCUUCAUUUGUAUCAUCCAACCCAUCGGCCUUUAAAACAAUGGCGUCCUGCAGCCCUGCAUCCACGGAGGAGCAGUCCUCAGAGGUGUCGAACAUAAACCUGAAGGAAAAAAGCUCACAGGAGUCCAUGAAACUGAAAAAAGAAAUAUCUUUGCUCAAUGGUGUGUGUCUCAUCGUGGGAAACAUGAUUGGCUCUGGGAUCUUCGUCUCACCCAAAGGCGUACUGAUGUAUAGCGGCUCCUAUGGGUUGUCUUUGGUAGUGUGGACAAUUGGUGGGAUCUUCUCUGUGUUCGGGGCGCUCUGUUAUGCCGAGCUUGGGACCACCAUCACCAAGUCGGGUGCCAGCUACGCCUACAUCCUGGAGGCUUUUGGAGGCUUUUUGGCUUUCAUCCGUCUAUGGACUUCUCUUCUGAUCAUUGAGCCCACCAGUCAGGCUGUGAUAGCCAUCACCUUCUCCAACUACAUGGUGCAGCCCAUCUUCUCCACGUGUAUAGCGCCCUACGUGGCCAAUCGUCUGCUGGCUGCAGCCUGCAUAUGUGAGUUGAUGCAUGUGGAUGUGUGUGUAUAUGUUUGGGAGUUGCUUUUACAGAAAGAAUAUCUGGAAUGGAUCUGGAAUGACAUGAGAAUUCUGCUGCUCUCUGGUGGUCAUGUGUUUUGCAGAAAUCUCCCGCUGGCCAUUGCUAUCUCCAUGCCCAUUGUCACAGUGAUCUACAUUCUUACCAAUUUGGCUUACUAUACAAUCUUACCCAUUCCUGCCAUCCUGGACAGUGACGCUGUGGCUGUGACAUUUGCAGACCAGGUAUUUGGGUAUUUUAAUUGGACAAUACCAGUCGCUGUUGCCUUCUCCUGCUUUGGAGGAUUAAACGCUUCAAUAGUGGCUGCUUCAAGGCUGUUCUUCGUGGGCUCCAGAGAGGGCCAUCUGCCAGACUACCUGUGCAUGAUUCACGUCACCCGCUUCACCCCCAUCCCUGCCCUACUCUUCAAUGGUGCCAUGGCUCUUGUGUACCUGUGUGUGGAAGAUGUCUUUAAACUGAUCAAUUACUACAGCUUCAGCUACUGGUUCUUUGUGGGUCUGUCAAUCCUGGGACAGCUGUACCUGCGACGGAAACAACCAGACAGACCACGACCACUAAAGCUCAGCCUGUUCUUCCCAGUUAUAUUCUGCCUCUGCACAGUAUUUCUUGUGGUGGUGCCUUUAUAUAGUGACACUAUCAACUCAUUAAUUGGCAUUGCCAUUGCCUUAUCGGGAGUGCCCGUCUACUUCCUGUGCUGCCAUCUACCUGCCACACGGAGGCCUAUGUGGCUCAGGAAAUUUAUUGCAUCUUCAGGUAUUCUCAUUCAGAAGGUGUGCUACUGUGUUCUUACUGAGAUGGACACGGAGGAUGAAAAGACAGAGUAGAAGAGGAUUAGGCUCUGACAAGAAAACUGGAAUAAAUCUCUGGACUCGUGACUUGACAUGCAAUACACAAGCUGCUGAUGUGAUUAAACUCUUUUUACACUGGUUUACACAGAUAUCAUUCUAUAUUGUAGCAGAUGUCAUGUGAAAACUCCCCCAAUGUCAAAGCCAGUCCUUUAUAUUUAUUAGAGAUAUUUAUACUGCGUUUUGAUCAGUUGAAUGCUGGUUUGAUGGGGAACAGUAAACCAAGUCCUUGCAUGUGAAGAAACUUGGACUUUGAGGUUGUUGUGGGGCUUGGUAAGAUGAUAAAAUUAUAGCACUGAUCACAGAGAAAUUAUUUAGAGACAUUUGUACAAUUGCUUUGAAACAGUUAUAAACCUAAUUCUUGCACAUUAAUUAAUACACACAUAAAUUUAGAUGCGUGUACACUGAGACUCUAAUAAAAGACCUUGUUGUUUGUUGAAGAAAGUAAUUGCCAGUGCCCCUACAACAUCUUUAUUUUUA